ACCCAGUAUACCCCAUCUUGAUCUCUCUUUGCUCAUGUGCACUCGUUCGCUCUUAAGAUAACGCCAGAAGUAGCGCUACUACACAUUGACAUGUUCGUUCAAGAUAUCCUUUACACCUAUUCUUUUCUGGCUUUUUAAUCCUUCAUCCGAGAGAACACUGUAGACAAGUCUCUCCUCUUUUGUUUGUUUAUUUGUUCUAUUUGUUUAUUCCUUCUCCUGCCCCUAUUUUUCCUAUUUCUCCUUCUGACGCCGUGUGGACAUUUCCUCGCGUGGCAUCUGAGCAGUAACUAAAGCCCUUGUUCUUAUAAAUGCUGUAAUCUCAUCAUACACCUUGUAAAUCUUAUAUAUAUAUAUAUAUAUAUAUAUAUACCCUUCUCCUAUUUCAUCAUCCUUCAACAGAACCGCACCACGUUUGUGCCCGUUCCUUCCUUACUACUUACCAGUGUCUGAGCCAUGUCUCUCGAAACAUAUGUCAAGGGCACAAAGUGCUGGUUCACCGACGAAAAAGAAGGAUGGAUCAGUGCCGCGCUGACCAACAAGGAGGUGACAGCAGAUGGCAAAGUCACAUUGACCUUUCAGGACGACAACGGAAAGGAUCAUGUCUUUUCAUCUACACUGAUCAAGAUCAAAGAGAGCAAUGAUGCCAUCUUACCCCCCUUACGUAACCCACCACUAUUGGAGGGUACUGAAGAUUUGACCAACCUCUCUUAUUUAAACGAACCAGCUGUCCUUAGCAAUAUCAGGACUCGUUAUUCACUUUGCAAUAUUUACACAUACUCGGGAAUUGUCCUGAUCGCCGCCAAUCCUUUUGCCCGUGUCAACCUAUACAGCCAAGAUAUCAUCCAAGCAUACUCUGGUCGCCGUCGUGGUGAAUUAGAGCCACAUUUGUUUGCAAUUGCAGAAGAUGCGUAUCGUUGCAUGAUUCGUGAUGAGAAGAAUCAAACAAUUGUCGUAUCCGGGGAGAGUGGUGCUGGUAAGACGGUCAGUGCCAAAUUUAUUAUGCGCUACUUCGCCACGGCUGACGACGGCGAAGGUGCAGAUUCCUCCAAGGGCAUGAGCGAAACUGAAGAGCAGAUCUUAGCUACGAACCCUAUUAUGGAAGCCUUCGGAAACGCAAAGACGACACGUAACGACAACUCUUCUCGAUUCGGAAAAUUCACAGAGAUCCAGUUUGACAAAGAACGUAAUAUCAUCGGCGCUAGAAUUAGGACAUACUUGUUAGAGCGAUCUCGUCUUGUAUAUCAGCCUGAACAUGAGCGUAACUACCACAUCUUUUACCAGCUGGUUGCAGGUGCGCCACCAUCGGAGAAAAAAGAAUUGGACUUGCAGUCCAUCUCCCAAUUCCAUUACUUGAAGCAAGGAGGCGUCGAGAUUAUCAAUGGGGUGGAUGAUGCUGCCGAAUUUGAAAUCACUCAAAGGUCCUUAUCGACCAUUGGUAUCUCUGUUCAGGUCCAGUGGCAGAUCUUCAGACUCUUGGCUGCGUUGCUCCAUAUCGGAAACAUCCAAGUUACAGGGCGCACGGAUGCCAUCAUCGCAGAUGAUGAUCCAUCUUUGGUCACGGCUACUCGUGUCCUUGGUAUUCAACUUUCAGAGUUUAAGAAAUGGCUUGUCAAGAAGCAGAUCGUCACUCGUUCCGAAAAGAUUGUCACCAAUCUCAAGGCCGAACAGAGCUUGAUCAUUCGUGACUCAGUUGCAAAGUACAUCUAUUCUGCGCUCUUUGAUUGGCUUGUAAGCAAUAUCAAUUCGAGCUUAUCUAGUGAGGCUGUUGCAAGCAAGAUUCAUUCCUUUAUUGGUGUCCUCGAUAUUUAUGGUUUCGAGCACUUCAAAAAGAACUCGUUCGAACAGUUCUGUAUCAAUUAUGCAAACGAGAAGCUCCAACAGGAAUUCAACCAGCAUGUCUUCAAGCUAGAGCAAGAAGAGUAUAUCCGCGAACAGAUCGAUUGGAAGUUUAUUGAGUUCAGCGACAAUCAACCGUGUAUUGAAAUGAUCGAAGGCAAACUGGGAGUCCUGGCGCUUCUGGAUGAGGAGAGUCGUCUUCCCGCAGGAUCGGACCAAGGCUGGUGCAACAAGCUCUUCUCUCAGUUUGGUACUGAAAAACAUAAGAAGUGGUUCACAAAACCUCGAUUUUCCAACACAGCGUUUACAAUCUCUCAUUAUGCACAUGAUGUCACGUACGAUUGCGAAGGCUUCCUGGAAAAGAAUCGUGAUACACUUCCAGAUGAGCUGUUGAAUUUGAUCAAAAAUUCAGACAAUGAGUUCUUGGAGGAGAUUCUCAUGACUAGCGCUACUAUUGGUGCUGGCGGUACUUUGACUGGGGACAAACGCAAGAGCGCGAUCAAUCGAAAGCCGACGCUAGGAUCCAUUUUCAAAGGCUCAUUGAUCCAGCUCAUGGACACCAUCAACUCUACGAAUGUCCACUACAUUCGUUGUCUCAAGCCUAACGAAGCAAAACAACCUUGGGUGUUCGAUGCCCCAAUGGUUCUCGGCCAAUUGCGAGCUUGCGGUGUACUAGAGACGAUCCGUAUUAGUUGCGCUGGUUAUCCUUCGCGUUGGUCAUUCCAAGAGUUUGUAGAGCGGUAUUACAUGUUGGUCAAUUCUGAGCACUGGGGCUUUGAUACCCAAAAGAUGUGCUCUGCAAUUUUAGAAGCUUCGAUCAAGGAGGCAGACAAGUAUCAAGUUGGUUUAACCAAGAUCUUCUUCCGUGCAGGUCUUCUUGCAUUUAUGGAAAACCUCCGUACCGAAAAGCUAAAUUCUUAUGCGACCUUGAUUCAGAAGAACAUGCGCCGCUUCAUCUACCAAAAGAGGUACAAUACUAUGCGUCGUGCUGCAGUCAAGCUUCAAUGCUUCGCACGCAGGAUACAUGCCCAAAAAGUAGCACGGUCUCUACGCGAAGAGCGUUCCGCAACGUUACUACAAACCUUCAUCCGUGGCUAUGCUCAACGCAAGAAAUAUGUCGAAACCCGCAACCACAUCAUACGUAUUCAGUGUGCUCUUCGUGCUAAACAAGCACGUAUCGCAUUCCAAACGCUGCAUGAAACCUUUGCAGCAACUAAGAUUCAGCAGAUCUGGCGCGGAUUACAGGUGCGCCGAGAACAUAGGAAGAGCACCAAGGCUAUUAUCUUGAUCCAGUCUUGUAUCCGUCGUGCUCAAGCUAAGAAGGCGCUGGCAGCGCUCAAGGCUGAGGCUAGGUCUGUAAACCAUUUAAAAGAAAUUUCGUAUCGCCUCGAGGGAAAAGUGGUGGAGCUGACGCGAGCAUUGGACUUGGCGCAUCAGCAGAACAAACAAUUCGACUCGCAAGUGGCGAGCCUCGAGGACCAAGUCCAACAAUGGAGAGAACGAUACGAAUCAUUACAACUAUCCAAGUCGAAGGAGAUUGCACAUGCUGCCGAGAACCCAACUGUACCCAAGGCGCAAUACGAGAGCUUGAAAGCAGCGAAUACCGAAUUACAAUCAAAAUAUGAUGAAUCUGUCGAGAGGGCUCGCUCGCUCGAUCACGAGAUUACCAAACUUACAGAAUCGCUUGCCAAGACGAAGGAAGAGAUUAAUAAGCUCGCAGCCCAGUCCAAGGUCAAGCACGAGGAUUCAGAGUCUGUUAUCGCACUUAAACGGGAAAAUCAAUAUCUCAAAGACCAGCUGGCUCAGCUUUCCAAGGCCACAGGACGUGAUACUUCGAGUUUCCCUAUUGGAUCCAGAGCUCCUUCCAGUAACGCUGCAACUAUGCCUCCGUCUUAUGGCGCCACUCCUGCUCAUAGUCAUCCUGCUGAUAAGUACGAGAACCAUUACUCAUUCGCGAAUGAGGCGCCAGUUCCCCACAGAAUGCCUCCGGCAGUGGCACCUCCCACCUACACAGCGCAUGCCAACGGCGGGCACAAGCUUCCGGGCACUAAAGGCAACCGUAACCGAAGCAACAGUACACCUGAUGUUGCCAGUCUGGAGAAUGGUGGGAUCUUUAGACCUCAAAAGACAACUAACAGCGUCUUUGACAACCUGGACAACCAUAGUAGGGGAGCAAAGACCAUGUCGAGCGAUGACUGGUCCCGUCGGGUGGCACGUCCUCGUCCUAGCACCCAUAGCCUAGUCGAGCAGCCCGAGGUCGAAAUCAUGCGAAUCUUGGAUGAUGAGGAUGGCCUUCAGGACGAGAUCCUCAACGGGCUGAUCAAAAACGUCAAGAUCCCGUCGCCAAGUCACUCGACCUUGCCUCACUUGAAGGAGGUGAUGUUCCCUGCUCAUCUGAUCGGCCUUUUGACGGCACAGAUGUGGAGAUACGGAUAUGUCAAGGAGUCAGAGAGACUGAUGAUCAAUGUGAUGCAGGCGAUCCAGCAGCAGUCUAUGUCAAUAUCUGGAGAUGAGUCUAUCAUUCCCUGCGCAUACUGGCUUUCAAAUGUACACGAGCUGUUAUCGUUGAUCUGUAUGAGCGAGCAAGAGAUAACGCGUGAGGAGUACUCAGCGCGAGGCAAUGAUAGCCUCUGGGAUGAUUUUGAGCAGCUUGUUUCGACCGUCAAGUAUGAACUUGAGUGCUUGGAGUACAAUAUCUUCCACGUUUGGAUGAAGUCUCUCAAGAAGCAACUCAGUAAAAUGAUCAUUCCUGCUAUUAUUGAGAGUCAGGCAUUGCCAGGCUUCAUUACGAACGACUCUGGAAGAUUCUUUAACAAGCUGAUGGGCUCUGGCCCAUCAUUUAGCAUGGACGAUCUCUUAUUGUUGUUCAAUAAGAUCUGGAGAGCCAUGAGCUGCUACUAUGUAGAGCAUUCGGUUGUGAGACAGGUCAUGACAGAGUUACUCAAAAUGGUUGGCGUUACUGGAUUCAAUGAUCUGUUGAUGCGUCGUAACUUCUGCACAUGGAAGCGUGCAAUGCAGAUCCAAUACAAUAUUACACGUAUUGAGGAGUGGUGCAAAGGACAUGACCUGCCUGAAGGAACAUUGCAAUUAGAGCACUUGAUGCAAGCAACCAAGCUACUACAGCUCAAGAAGGCCUCGCAUAGUGAUAUUGAGAUCAUCUAUGAUGUUUGUUGGAUGCUGACACCUACGCAGGUGCAGAAGUUGGUUCAGAACUACAUGAUUGCAGACUAUGAGGUGCCUGUGAGUCCUGAGCUGAUCAAGGCGAUCGCUAUGCGUGUGGCUGCAAAUGAGAAGAAUGACAUCUUGAUGUUGGAUGCAAUUUCACUAGAUGAUGCAGGCUCGUUUGAAACCCCAGAGUUGAGAGAAAUUGAUUUGGAUGGAGAGAGGUAUUUACCCCCAUGGUUGAUCGAUCUCAAACGCCUCAAAUCAAUGAUGCACUUAGUCGUUGUGUAAUAGGAGGCUUGUUAAAAAAAAAAAAAAAAAAAAACUAUAGUCAUCUAAG